AUCCUUUAUUUUAAAUUUACCAAUUUAAUUUAAGUAAAAAUAAAAAUGAUUUUCUUUUGUGAUUGCAUGCAAACAGUUCUGUGAACGUUUAAUAUUUUUCAUUGAAAUAAUAAAAAUAAGUACGUAUCCCGCAAAAACCCACGAAGAAGAAGACGCUGACGUCAUCGCAUGCGACGCUUGCACCCCUGUUCUUCUUUGAUCUCAUCACCUCACGUAUCUUUCUGCUCUUUUAUAUAGCACCCACAAAAGGCACUUUUAAGAGCCACAUCUGUUUUAUCUGUUUGUCAUCUUUGUGUCCUUAAUUUGUCUAUUCUUAACUUGUCAACAGUUCUGUCUGUCUGUCUGUUUGUUUCUCCAUCUGAAGUCUUUGUUGUUGUGUUUUUUUGCACUUUGCCAUUGUUUUUUAAGGAUGACACGGCCCAAAUUCAGGCCAUGCCCAAAGUGUGAAACGCCUAACCAGGCAAACAGAAAAACUUGUUUUGUCUGCCACCAGAGUCUUUCCACCAAAAAAAAUCUAAAAGAAAAGCUGCAGAUUUUUGACCAUCAGUGGAGGGAAGCUGUUUUAAAGAACAGAAAUGCUUCCAGAGUAAUAUAUUCCGCACAAAUCGCAGUCAGCAAACUCCAUGCUUUAGGCUUCAAGCCCAUUUUAUUUUUCGCGAAGCAACAAUCUUCAAGCAAGUGGGUUGCGGACAUAACUACACAUUUGGAGACCACGGAUACUACGAAAAAUUUUUUGGAUAAGAUGCAGAGGGCUUAUGAGUUUCUCGUCUCUGUUGGUAAUGCAUGCACACCUGUACCAGUGCAGCCCCAAACCUCUACAGAAGAUGCUUUUACACACAAAGAGCAAUUGACUGGUAAAAACGUUGAGGACCUAAUUAAUGAACCAAAGGAGACCACAGCUCAGGAGCAGCUAAAGAUCUCACCACAAAGCCAAGAAGAGACUGUGAUUGUGCUUGAUCUGGUUCCUGUUCCUCCUCCUCCUCCUCCUAUUGUUCCAUCCUCAUCAACUUUCCAGACAAAAAGGGCCCGAAGCCCCUCUCCAGCUGCCUCUCCCACAGACCAGCCAGAUCAGGAGUCAUCUCAAUCACCUGCUGCUAAUGCCAUCUCAUCAAGUCAGGGUGGCCUAUGUGACACUGACAGUAAGAAGAGAAAGCGUUGCCGGAAAUGUAGUAGACAAAAGGUGUUCCUCUUUGACUCAAUCACCGGGCAUAGGACAAAUGCGGGAAAAGAGGAAGUAAAAAUUCAUUGGUUACCCUGCUCUGCUUGUGGGAAAAUCUGGGAAGACACAUGGGAACCUGCAUGUCAGUUCUCACAUGUUGCUGUCCCCCAAGAAGAGCCACUUCCUUCAGACAACAAGCAAGCGGGAUGAUGUUGCUUUUUUUUUUUUUUGUAUUACAAAGUUCUAAUUUUCAUUUUUUCUAUAACUGCAGUUUCACUUUAGUGAGACGUUUUUUGUUUUAUAUUGUUUUUGUAAUUCACUGCAAUUAAUGUUACUGUUGUAAUGCAGUAGUAAUAAGAUCAUCUUGUGCUGUUCAUUGAUACGUUUUUGUCAUAUUCUGUAAAAGCCUUAAGACAUGCUGUGACUGGCUGAGUCAAUGCAUGAACUAUUUACUUUGCCUUUGUAGAGGUUUAAAAUUUUGAACAGGACUGUUUGUACAUAGUAACAGUUGAUAGUCUUAAAUCCUUUAAACAUGGCAUUUUACACAUUUGUUUUUGAGCGUUUUGAAGGUUGAUAUGGAAUUCCAAAUUCAAGUCCAUACAAUUUUGUUAAAAAAAACCCAUUAAUUUCAAUAUAAGUUCUUUGAAGUGUUUUAUGCCAAGAACCUAUAAUUUCACCAUCUGCUUUUUUGUAUCAUUUAUGUUGUCUAUCAAUAUUGUAUU